AGCGGGCAGAACGAGGGGUUGACUGUUGUGAAUGUUAUAAUGUUUGAAAUGAGUUAUCCAUCCACAAAAAAGAGCAAAGGCAAAAGGCCAAUCCAAGGGCGGAAACUUCAGAGAUUCUAGGAUCUGAGAGAAAGAAAGGAAGAAAGAAAAGGAGAGAGUUGAAUGAAUGAGAACACCGCCAACACUGCUCUCUCUCACAAUUGACUCAGCGGUCAUUAAUCUCUCCGACUUCUCCGAUCUCUCUGUCAUCCCUGAUCACAUCCUUCUCGAUCUCUUCCUCAGAAUUUUGAGAGCUGGUAAACUGACUGAGAAAGUUCUGAGACUGUUUAUAGCAACCGGUAAGGAUGAAGUCCUCUCACUUGUUCAGGCACUGAAUAUACAACAUAUUCUGACCCCUGUGCUUCCUACCAUAACUAUCAACGAAAAUGAAGUGGAUAUUGUGAUUGGCGCAUUGCACUGUGAUCUUAAAUCUUUCUUGAAUGAGUGGAAGCCAAUAUUCUCCCGUUUCCACCUGAUAAUAGUAAAAGAUCCUGACCUCAAGGAGGAACUCCAAAUUCCUGGGGGCUUCAGUGCGGAUGUCUAUACAAAAUCUGAUAUUGAGCGUGUGGUGGGUUCUUCCGCUGUUCUCUUCUCCGGAUAUUCAUGUAGAUACUUUGGUUUUCUGGUUUCACGGAAGAAGUAUGUUGUCUGUGUUGAUGAUGAUUGUGUCCCAGCAAAAGACACUGCAGGAAAUAUGGUAGAUCCUGUGGCUCAGCAUAUUGUGAACCUCAAGACACCCGCAACUCCUUUCUUCUUUAAUACACUGUAUGAUCCAUUCCGUAAGGGUGCAGAUUUUGUUCGUGGGUACCCAUUUAGCCUGCGAACUGGGGUUGAUUGUGCUUUGUCGUGUGGACUAUGGCUGAAUCUAGCAGACCUUGAUGCACCAACACAAGCUCUUAAGCCAAAAGAGAGGAACACGCGAUAUGUGGAUGCUGUUCUGACUGUCCCGGUGAGAUCCAUGUUGCCGGUGAGUGGUAUCAACAUUGCCUUCAACCGUGAAGCAAUUGGCCCAGCAUUAGUCCCGGCUUUGAAAUUGGCCGGUGAAGGAAAGUUUAGGUGGGAAACUGUGGAAGAUAUAUGGAGCGGAAUGUGUGUGAAAGUAAUAUGCGAUCACCUAGCCCUUGGUGUGAAAAGCGGAUUGCCCUAUGUCUGGAGAACAGAAAGAGGCAAUGCCAUAGAGAGCUUAAAGAAAGAGUGGGAAGGAGUGAAACUGAUGGAGGAAGUAGUUCCUUUCUUUCAGUCAGUAAGGUUCUCACAAUCAGCAACUACAGCCGAGGCUUGUGUGCUCGAGAUGGCCAAGACAGUGAAGGAGAAACUGGGGAAGGUUGAUCCUAUGUUCUCUCGUGCCGCCGAAGCCAUGGAAGAGUGGGUCAAGCUCUGGAAGUCAGUCGGAUCCAGCUGAAGGAUGGGGAACGUGUGAUUGGCAUGUUCUCUGGAUUUGUAGAAAGAGUGAAGGUUAUUGUUGCCUUGUUGGUUUUCUUAUUUCUUUAUUUUAUUUCACUAAUUUGUAUCUGUUUUAUUCUCACUAUGUAGUUACCUAAACUUGUUUACCUGACAGUUACUCUUAGAUUGAAAGGCUGAAUAAAAUGAUUGUACUUUUGGGCUGUGGCAAUUGAAUAAA